AUGUCUUGGAAUGUUAGAGGAUUGGGGAAGUUAGAGAAGAAGGGAAGGAUUAGAAAGCUCAUAUAUGAAAGAAAGGCUGAUGUUGUGCUUUUUCAGGAGACAAAGAAAGUUUCUAUUUCUGAGUGUGAAGUAAGAGCAUCGCGGGGCAGGAGAAAUAUGGAUUUUAUGGUUGUGGGUUCUAAUGGGACUGCUGGGGGUUUACUUUGCAUUUGGGACCCAGACUUUUUUCAGUUGGUAGAUUGUUGCAGUAAUAGAAGAUUUAUCCUCCUAUCAGGUACUUUGCUGCACACCUUUAACUAUACUAUUUUGAAUAUGUAUGCACCCAAUGAGGUGAGUAGUAGAUGUAAAUUUUGGGACUCCUUGAUGAAGCUAAAAUCUGCAUUCCCAAAUCCAUGGUGUUUGAGACGUAACCUAAAUGAGAUUAGAAAUAUUGGUGAGCGGGUGGGCUGUUCCAGAAGAGAUAAGGGGAUAAUUGAUCUAAAUUCCUUCAUUGAGAGUUGUGAGUUGAAUGAUUUACCAUUGCUAGGUAAGAGGGAUUGGGGGCCUAAACCAUUUAGGUUCAUUAAUGCUUGGACUAUCUAUCCAAGUUUUCCCUCAUUAUUGGAAAGGGUUUGGCAGGAAGCUAGGAUUAAUGGGAGAGCAGGUUAUGCCUUGUUCCAAAAGCUAAAACUUCUGAAGGUGGAGCUGAAGAAAUGGAAUGCUGAAGUUUUUGGAAAUCUAUCAGCGAAACUCAAAAAGGCAGAGGAAGAAUUGGUUGCUCUGAACAUUCUGGCUGAAAGUAGACCUCUGGUUGAGGUUGAGAAAAUUGAAAGAAGAGCAGGGAGAGGUGAAGUUUGGAAACUUAGUAGAUUGGUGGAAUGGCUAUGGCAACAGAAGUCUAGAGUAAAAUGGACAAUUAAUGGGGACAAAAAUACUAAGUUUUUUCACGUUAUGGCUAGCAGUAAGAGGAGUAGAAAUGCUAUUAAUUCUAUCACAGUUAAGCAUGAGGUUUUUGAGGAGCCAGCUAAGGUAAAGUAUGAGGUCUUACAACAUUUCAAAAGGCAGUUCUCUGAAAGCUGGGUAAGAAGACCAGUGUUGGGAGGGUUAUUUAAUUCAGUUCAAUCAAGCUCUGUAUUUCAUGAUCUUGAAGCUGUGUUCUCUGAAGAUAAAGUAAGGGCAGCUGUUAAAGAGUGCAAUGGUGAUAAGGCUCCUGGCCUUGAUGGGUUUAAUCUCCUCUUUUUUCAGAAAUUAUGGGGGUCAGUUCAUCAUGAAGCCAUGAAUUUUUUGAGGGAUUUUCAUGCCACUAACAGACUCCCCUAUGGGAUUAAUAGCUCCUUUAUCACUCUUGUCCCUAAGACUGAUAAUCCCCUUGGUUUGUCUUAUUAUAGACCCAUCAGUUUGGUGGGUAGUUUGUAUAAGAUUCUUUCUAAAGUGUUGGCCCAUAGACUCAAGAGAGUUCUUCCUGUAGUUAUUGGAGAAACACAAUCUGCUUUCUUGGGGGGGGGAGAAAGUGUUGUGUAUGGAGUUGGUGUAGAUGAGGAAACCUUGGCCUCUUUUGCAGACACUCUGAAUUGCAAGGUUCAUGGCCUACCGCUCAAAUUUUUGGGUCUUCCCUUAGGUGCUAAUCCAGGAAGGAAAUCAACUUGGAAGCCAGUUUUGGAUAAAGUAAGAUCUAGGUUAGCUGGGUGGAAGAGAAGGCUCAUUUCCUUUGCAGGUAGAUUAACUUUAAUCAAGUUUGUGUUAUAUAGCCUUCCAAAUUACUAUCUCUCUAUGUUCAAAAUGCCUUCUGGAGUGGCUAGAGAGAUUGAAAGGCUUGAAGCUUCUUUCCUGUGGGGUGGGAAUGAUUUAAAAAGGAAGGCUCAUCUGAAAUUUGGAUGUGAAGUAAAUGCUCUAUGGAGAAGAUUGUUGUGCAGCAAGUACAUGAUUAAAGAGAAUAAUUGGAUCCCACCUGUGAGCUCAUCAUCUAGAUACUUUAGAAUUUGGAGAGAUGUUCUUGCCAUUGCAGGUCAUAAUCAACCUCUUGAGGAGUUCUAUUUGGUGUAG